CAAGGAAGAGCCCAGCUGCCCCAAGCCAACUCCAUGGUAUAGCUUGCUGUUGAGGACAAACUUUCUGUAAGAAUGGUUGAUUUCCUCUUUGAUGAUAUUUUUACCAUUGAGAAAGUGGAUCCGGAUGGCAAAAAAUUUGAUAAAGUUUCCCGAAUUGUAGCACAAAGUGAGAAGCGUGGUGUGUCGCUGAUCCUAGAUGUGAAUACGGAGAUAUAUCCGAUGCAUGAGAAGGAGAAAUUCUUGAUGGUGCUAUCUCCCACACUUAACUGGAGUGGAGCACCUGUUGCUGGAAAACAGGGACAGGUUGAGCAGAAAUCUCUUGCAGACAAGUUUGAUUAUAUAAUGCGUGGAUUGCUGUAUAAAAUGUCAACAGCAAAAGGGAAAUCAGAGUAUUCAAAAGAAGGUGUCGAAGUGGAGGUAUAUGCUUCAUUUGGUGGGCUUCAGAUGAUGCUGAAAGGAGAUCCAACCAGUUGUACUAAGUUUAAGAUUGAUCAGAACAUGUUUUUGCUUAUCAGGAAAUUGAUGUGAAACUUUUGUCAUAUAAUUGAACAGUGUGGCUUGUUAAACUCACAAAUUUUCUGUAUACGCCUUUAGAUACGUCUAAUUCUACUUUUGCGUUU